AAAAAAAGUAUAGCAAAAAUGAAGAAAUGGCAAGUUUUUGUGGUGGUCAUAUCCCUAUUCGUCCAUUUGGCGGCGUCACGAGUGGAAACUAUUAUUGAGGGGAGAACUGGGGAGAUCACCAAUAAGCUUUUUGAUGGUAUUCGUGGGAGGAGAACGGUGGAGAUUAUCAAUAAGCUUGGUGGUGGCUUAACACUAACACUCCAUUGUAAGUCUAAGGAUGACGAUCUCGGUGUCCAAACUCUCGCACCGGAUAGUAGGUGGUCAUUCAAGUUUACACCAGCUUUUUUCGGCACAACACGCUUUUCUUGUAAUUUUAAGUGGGGUGGAGAAUCCCAUUCGUUUGAUAUCUAUGAUGAUGACCGAGAUGUUGGUGAUAAGCAAUGCUAUUUGUGUUCGUGGAAUAUAUACAAUGGUAGUCAGGGUGGUUUUACAUGCAGAUUUCAGGAGAGUACCGGUAGAUAUGACAUAUGUUAUGUUUGGAAUGAGUAA